AUGGCAUCCAAGACUCCCAUCCCUGUGGAAAACCCCACGCUCCCCUUCUGGCUCACAGACCGGUCGCCUCUGGACCAAAUCCGCUCCACGCCAGAGCUUCCCCAGGAAUCCGACAUUGUCAUUAUUGGCGCUGGCUAUGCUGGAGUGAGUCUUGCCUAUCAUCUUCUUACCUCUGAGGCUGCCAAAUCAUCGCCGCCGCCAUCUAUCACCAUCCUCGAGGCGAGGACCGUUUGUUCCGGCGCAACGGGACGCAAUGUACAACAUGAUGCUAGACAUGUGAGAAUAACAAAGCAGACAGGCGGCCAUCUCCGGCCAGAUGUCUACGGCGAAAUCCCGCUGUACAUACAACGGCAUGGCUUAGAACUAGCGACCGAGGUCGCAGAGUUCGAGCUGUCGCAUGUAAAGGCCAUUCAAGCCGUGCUCAAGAAAGAGCAGAUUGAGGACUGUGACCUGGUCAUCACUCGCAAUAUGAACGUCUACUUGCACGCCGAACGCGGUAAGCGAGUGAAAGACGCCAUUGACAAGUUACGCGACCAAGGAUGCACGUUUGUGGAUGAUAUCUUCCAUGCUCCGGACAAGGAUGCCGAGGCUAUCUCCGGGGUGAAAGGCGCCAAAACCGCCUUUUCAUUCACCUCCGGCUCUCUCUGGCCCUACAAAUUCAUCCUCGGCCUGCUGCGCAAGGUGCUCGAAUACGGCGGUGACAAGAUCAACGUCCAGACCACGACGCCCGUGACGUCUGUCAGCAGCAGCUCUGCGACAUCACACACCAUAACCACGCCGCGCGGCACUAUCAAAGCAAAACAAGUAGUCUACACAACCAACGCGUAUACCUCCGGCAUCCUCCCAGAAUAUGCACCCGCCAUCAUCCCCGCGCGCGGCAUUGUGUCGCAUAUCGACGUGCCCGACGCUCAAAAGCCGCCGCCGCAUUUGAGCUAUACGUAUGUCGUCUGUCCGCAUGAAAGCACCGGGGUGGACUAUAUGAUUGUUCGACCGGAUGGUAGCAUUGUGGUCGGAGGCGCGCACCAGAUCCAUGCCAAUCCGUCUCGGAAGCCCGAGGAUAAUACCGAGUGGUAUAGGAAUAGCGACGAUAGCACGCUUAUCGAGUCCACUAAGGGCUAUUUUGAGGGGUAUAUGCAGAAAUAUUUCCGAGGAUGGGAGGAUAGUGGUGCGCAUGUGAAGGAGUUGUGGACUGGCAUAAUGGGCUACUCGUCCGACUCGGCGCCUCACGUUGGUCAGGUCCCCUCCAGACCCGGACAGUAUAUCAGUGCCGGGUUCACGGGACACGGCAUGCCAGUGAUAUUUCUGACGACCAAGGGCCUGGCCGAGAUGAUUCUCGCAGAGAAGAAAUUCGAGGAAACGGCAGUGGCGCUCAUUGUUCCGUUUCUGCUUGCGCUCAAGCAGUCGGUCGCAUGCUUCGCAGUGUAUGUGUUCAGUGUCGACGACCGCCAGGCUUGCCGGAGGAUGGGCAUCGUGGUGGUGAUGGCGGUGAGGGUUUUGUUCCAUGUCGUUGGUUUGCUCGGCUUGGGCGAUGGACGUACCCCCGAAACCGUGUUCGACGGCCUGGCAUGUCCGUCGAACAAGUCCUCAUAUGCAGGCGCGGCCUCGUGCGAGACAGGCGAUCUGGUGCCCAUGGGAGGAUUUGUUGAGGUUGAUGUUGUUGUUGUCCGACAGAUAUCGCCCUAUCUCUGUUUCUCUCAUUCCCAAUCAUAUGUUUCUCUGAAUGCAUAUCCCAAUGCAACUUCCACGGCAUCUUUCUUUGAACCAGGCGCGUCUUUUUCACUUCGCUCCAAGCAGACGGUUUCUGAAGAUGCCAGUGCCACCAUCCCCCCCCCCAAUUUCAAUGAACAUGAUCUCUCAUCACGCACCCCCCUAUCCGGACUCGCUCUUCUUCUGCAAGAAACUUCCCACAAUAGAUGGGGAUUUCCCAUUUUUCGAACUACCUAUGCAAACAAUGAUUUAUUUACCGCAUAUUUGAGCGAAAUCUAUCGCUCGGCCAAUGAAAGCCUUGAAAAUAUCGGCCGGAGAGAGGCCUUGAGUCCAUAUUUUUCCUGCCCCGUGAUUGAGCAUCCACUGUCCCUGAAUGGACUGUCGAAAACUCAGAUCCGGGAGCGGUUUUCAGCGUGGGUGAGAGAUACAACAGAUCAGCGAGAUGGCGUGGGUGCAGUGAAAAUGCGAGAGUUGAAGGCACCGCAGUACGAAUUCUGUCUCAUGGUUGAUGAGGAGUGUUUAGUGUCUUUUUGGCAGGCGCAGCAGCAACCGCAUGGCGGGUGGAAGGGAAAUGGGAAGGUGGUGGUUAUUGAGCGGGACUGGUCACCGGAAAAAUACCGUGGGCAGCAGAACGAGGAUUGGACGGAUGGGGAGAGCCACAGGAUAUUUGACAAGGAAUAUCUGGAGGAGAACGGAGAGGAGUACGAAAGAGACGUUCCCCCCACUCCUUUUGAGGAGAUCGACGGAUGCCGGAGUCCCCUUGUUGGUUGGAUGUAUGCCGAUAUUCACCAUCUCAAGUCUCUCUACUGCGAGUGUCUGGAGAACAGCUACCGGGAAAACUGGUAUGAAUCUUAUGUUCGGCCACCGGGGAUAUAUCCAACACUUUAUAGGCACGAACAGCCCUGGAAAUAUUCAAUCUGA